UUGUACGAUGUGGCGGACAGUCGUGUUCUUGGCACUCGUUGCAACGUGCACCUCGCAUCCUGCACAAGAUGUAGCACACACUGAUAACGAUCUGGAUGGAUUGGGCGACUGUUUACGCAAAGACUCCACGUCAUGCCUGAAAUACAAGUUCUUCUCCUACGUCGACAAGAUGCUCGGACAAAAGGACUCGUUUGCUCUAACUGAGGGUGUUACCGUCGUGAGAGCUACAGACGUCCCUACCGAGACUGGAGCGCCUAGAUCUUUGGAUCCUGUUUCGAGAUUGAAGAGAUACUUCGAGACUCAUUCUUUACGCGUAGAAGUGAAAGGUUCGGAUGUGAUCGACGCGGUUUCAAGUGCAGGACGAGCUUUGGAGGAUACGGUGACAUCGUUUGCUGACGAUGAUGCCACAGAAGAAGGAAGAGGGAAGAAGAAGAAGGCGGCUAAGAUGCUGGGGCCAUUGAUAGCCGCGUUGGCUUUGAAGAUGAUGGCGUUGAUUCCUCUUGCUAUUGGUGCUAUUGCUCUAAUUGCUGGAAAGGCAUUGCUGAUUGGUAAACUGGCAUUGGUACUCUCAGCGAUUAUUGGUCUCAAGAAGCUUCUGUCUCAGCAGAAACAUGUAACGUAUGAGGUCGUGGCUCAUCCUCACCACUCAUCUAGCCAUGCGUCCAGUCAUGACUAUGGCGGCACCAGUGGAUACGGUGGCGACUCAGGCGGAUAUAGCUCAGGUAGUGGCGGGUCGAGUCACGGCGGUGGAUGGGGGAGGUCAAUAGAAGCUCAAAGCUUAGCGUACUCAGCACAAAAACCUCAAUAAGCCACGGCCUAGAUGUACGGCCUCUUUACGUCGAUUUCUCCGUAACAUCUGAGUGAUUGUUUAUGUAUUAUUUAUUCGUUUGUAUGUGUGAGUGAUGAACGUUUGUAUUUAUUUGACUGAGUCGCUAUUAAGUAUGAUUUCGUACGCCAUUCUCAGCUCAAUUUCAAAGUCAUUAUUUAUUUUCUAGUAAACCUUAUAGGUGGUAUUUUGUAACUAUUAUUAUAGUGUAUCUAUGUAUUAUUUAAGUAUUAAUAUUUUAUGAUUCUAUGAAUCUCUGUAUAUACGAUUUAAAAAGUACAUGCAUAUCAUAUAAGAUUACAAAGUAUUUAUGAAUUAUCACGACUAGUACCUGGCUUUAAUAUUUUUAGGUAUUAUGUAAGUUAUAUAUAUUUUUUAUGUAUUAUUUAAAUUAUAUGAUUAUUACAUUUUGUAAAUUUAUAUUUAUAGAAUCAUUGUCAUUAUUGCCCAUGGGUAUACAGUAUUACAUUAAAUUCAUUUUAUAUGAUAUAUAUUAUAUAAAAAAUUAUUAUAGUAUUAACUUUAUACUCUAUUGUGAAUAUAAAAAAAUUUUUUAUUAAAACA